CACUGAAGCACUGCGGGACCCACAAAUGCUGGUGGUUCCCCCUGCAGUGUGAGGGAGCAGCGAUGAAGGGAGGGAGAGAGGCGAGUGCUGCAGCGGCAGAACAACAUUUAACCUGAACGAGGACUUAAGCUACAGAACGUCUGCCUUAAAUCGAGUUGACAGCCAUGUCCUCAAAGCAACGUCAGCUUCAGAUCUUUGGUGAAAUGUUCUUUGUCAUCUUCAUCCUGACUUCUGCCCUCUCUGUGUCGCCCGAGGAUCUGAUGGAGCCCAGGAGACGAGUGGUGCACGUGCUCGAGGAUGAGACUGGAGCUGUGAUUGUGCAGACAGCCCCAGGUAAGGUGGUGACACAUCGGGGUGGCUCCAUCACGCUGCCCUGCAGAUUUCAUCAUGAGCCGGAGAACACAGAUCCUGCUCGCAUUCGGAUCAAAUGGACCAAAGUGACAGAUGCCCUGCAGUUCGAGGACGUCUUCGUUGCACUGGGAAAGCAGCAGCGUGUGUUUGGCUCAUACCGGGGACGAGUGUUUUUGGAGCGGGCAGGACCAGGUGAUGCCUCUGUGAUCAUCCAAAAUGUCACCCUGGAGGACUACGGGCGCUACGAGUGUGAGGUCACUAACGACAUGGAGGAUGAUACGGGAUUCGUCAACCUUGACUUAGAAGGAGUGGUCUUUCCCUACUACCCCCGCGACGGGCGCUACAAGCUGAAUUACCACGAGGCAGAGGACGCCUGCAAACACCAGGAUGCCAUUUUGGCCUCUCAUUCUCAGCUGCACAAAGCCUGGUUGGAAGGACUGGACUGGUGUAAUGCUGGAUGGCUGGAGGACGGCUCGGUCCAGUAUCCCAUCUCCAAUCCCAGAGACCAGUGUGGCCGCAAGGACACCCCGGCUGGCGUCCGCAACUAUGGCUACAGGCACAAGGAGGAUGAGCGCUACGACGCCUUCUGCUUCACUUCUAAGCUAAAUGGCAAAGUGUACUUCCUCAAACGCUUCAAGAAAGUGAACUACGCCGAGGCUGUGAAGGCGUGCGUUCGAGAUGGAUCGGCCGUGGCCAAAGUGGGUCAGCUCUAUGCAGCGUGGAAGUUCCAGCUGCUGGACCGCUGCGAAGCAGGGUGGCUGGAAGACGGCAGCAUUCGGUACCCCAUCGUCAACCCCCGCUCUCGCUGCGGAGGCUCCCACCCCGGGGUCCGACACUUGGGCUUCCCUGACAAAAAGUUCAGGCUGUACGGGGUCUACUGCUUCCGCGAGUACAUGGAUGAAACAGCAGGUGGUACCAAAGUGACAAAACCCCUGAAAGAAAGUCUGAUCAAACGGAAGAGCAGCAACAGCAUCCCGGCAAAUGCCACAAACGCUAUUUAAAGCUGACAAGCUGGGAGCCGAGGGGCGUACGAUUAUAGAUUUGACUGCAAUCGCUCAGUGUGUCCAUUCACUGCUUUUUAGAGUUAAACACCCACCAACCAUGAUGCAGUCAUCUGCCAAUUUGCCAGAGCGAAAGAGACGGGGGCCGUGCAAAAUUAACUGUGACGUCUUUAUUAAGGCGAUUUUCCUUUUGUCUGCAGCCAGUCGAUUAUCUUAGGGAGCGCGUUAGCACAGAUCUGUCAUCUGGAAAAUCGUAAGAUUAAAUAGCAGCUUAAUCGUCAGUCAGGCACAUCAAAAUCAAGCAGUCGACUGACUAUGGUUGUUUACGUGAUAUUUUUGAGUCAGGGGCUUUAAGUCUCCUCCAAGUUGGAGCCUUGACGCCAACGUGAUCUACCUGAAUGUUGUCGAGAAGUUCAAGUUUACAGUGCCUGUGCCUCACAUUCGGGUGGCGACCGUUCUGCAAUCUCAUCCUUUAGAACUAAGUGAAGUAAAUAUUGCACUAGCACAAUGAUAGCUGCACUUCAGAUUCAAAGAGCUCAAUUUUAUAAACGCAUCCUAGUUACAAAUCGAGCGUGCAUGACGUUUAUGGCUGAGAGCUGCUGCUCGGGCUGAAUUUGCAAUAAUUUCGAAGCUCAUGAUAGCCAUUUACACUCCAAAGGUGAAAGGUUACCCGUAACCUUUACGACGACGUACGCUUGCAAAUUUGUUUAUGGUGCUCGAAUAGAAAAAUAAAAAGUCCUGAACUUGUUUAAUUGAUCAAGA